AUGCAGUCGGUUCUUAAAUUGGGUAAAACUACAGUACACUCAUGCACCUUGGUUCGUACAGCAAGUACGAGUCUGCAAGGAAAAGGCCCACUGAAAACUAACUGGAAAGAGAAUGUCGUUUAUCUUUAUCAGUUUCCACGUCCUGCCAACAAACUUCCAAACUUAUCACCUUUUUGUCUGAAGAUUGAGACAUUUCUCAGAGCGAAUCGCAUCAAUCAUGAGGUCAUCGGCACAUGGCUGACUCUUCGUCAAUCUCCACGUGGACUACUUCCAUUCAUUGAACUGAACGGUCAACAAAUAUCCGAUUCGCAGGUUAUUGUUUGGAAACUCCAAAAACACUUCGACCUUGAUGAUAAACUGGAAGGAGGAGAUAGAGGAACUGCGAGAGCUGUUGAGAGAAUGAUCGAUGUAUCAACUAAUUACGCUUUGCUUGUCGAUAAAACUGUCAACAAUGCUCAUUUGCUGCUCUCAAGACAAGUCAGCAACAUUCCGCUUCCUGGAAUUAUCACCAAUUAUCUUGCAAAGGGAUUCAGCCAAACUGCUCGAAAACGUGUAAAUGGAGUACUUGGAAAGUUGGAUGUUGCCGAACAAAAAGAGUUACUUCGACGAGAUAUUCGAGCAAUUGAUGAUAUUUUGGGUGACAAAAAGUUCUUAUUUGGAGAUCGUAUCACUUCGGUCGACUGCUCCGUUUUUGGCCAAAUCGCUGCCGUAUUCUAUCUACCGUAUCGUCAACAAAUCACUGAUCUUCUUGAAGACGAUUUCCCACGUGUCCGUGCUUACUGUGACCGUAUCCGUCAGCACUAUUACCCAGAGUGGAGAGAUGAUUAA